AUGGAUAAUGAUAUGAGAGAUUCCGAAGAUGUUGAGAUGAUUGAUAUUAAUGGAUCAAUGUCAAAAGAAAAUAAUGCACCUAUUCAUACAAAAGAACUUGAUGUUGUUUCAAAAUCAACAGUAACAAAACAUACACCUUGGCUUGAAAAAUAUCGUCCAACUAAACUCGAUGAUAUUGUUGGCAAUGAAGAAGCAGUAUCACGUCUUGCUCAUUUUGCUCAACAAGGAAAUUUACCUAACAUUAUUAUUUCAGGUCCACCUGGAUGUGGAAAAACAACAAGUGUUCUAUGUCUUGCAAGGCAAAUGUUAGGUGAUGCUUUUCGUGAAGCUGUGCUUGAAAUGAAUGCAUCUAAUGAUCGUGGUAUUGAUGUUGUUCGAACAAAAAUAAAAAUGUUUGCACAAUCAAAAGUAUCUUUGCCAAAGGGACGACAUAAAAUAAUUAUUCUUGAUGAAGCUGAUAGUAUGACAGAAGGAGCUCAACAAGCAUUACGUCGAACGAUGGAAUUAUAUUCUAAAACAACUCGAUUUGCACUUGCAUGUAAUGCUUCAGAUAAAAUUAUUGAACCAAUUCAAUCUCGAUGUGCGAUGUUACGAUAUUCAAAAUUAAAUGAUGAACAAUUACUAAAACGUUUAAUUCAAAUAGCUAAAGCUGAACACGUUUCAUUUACAUCUGAAGGUCUUGAAGCAAUUAUUUUUACAGCACAAGGAGAUAUGCGACAAGCUAUUAAUAAUCUCCAAUCAACUGUAUUCGGUUUCGGUCAUGUAAAUAGUGAGAAUGUAUUUAAAGUAUGUGAUGAACCACACCCAAUUCUAAUUCGUGAUAUGAUUGAAAAAUGUGUUAAAAGUGAUCUUGAUGAAGCAUAUAAAGCAAUGAAUCAUCUUUGGCGAUUAGGUUAUACAGCUGAAGAUAUUCUUUCUGUGAUAAUGCGUGUAACUAAAACAUAUCCAAUGAGUGAAUUUAUGCAACUUGAAUUUAUUCGAGAAAUUGGUUUGACAUAUAUGCGUGUUAGUCAAGGUGUUGAAUCCCAAUUACAAUUAUCAUCAUUACUUGCUAGAUUAUGUGAACGAGCUAAUUCAAAUACUCAUAAAUCAGAUUGA